AACACUCAUCCAUCCAUCGCCUUCUCUUCAACUUCUAAGCUGCUUUGCUCAUAUUUUAGCGUGCAUGAUUUGUUGAAAUUCCCAGGCAGAAAAUACAAGGCAACAAUCACUACAGUCAAUCAUAAAUAGACCAUAAGAUAGACUCAAUCAUACACUCACACUCUCACCUCUUAACUUCUACACAUCAACACUUUUUACUGUUUACACUUCUACUUCUACUUCACUAUGGCGCCCAACUCACGCCUCAUUCUUACUCGCCAUGCCCAGGCAGAACACAAUGUCGACUCAGACUACUGGAUCCCCGACGCACCGCUCACCCCUCUUGGUAAAAAGCAAGCGGCAUCCCUCAGCCGGCUCAUACCCGACCUGCAGAAAGAAGCAGAUGUCGUAAUUUCCUCUCCACUGCGGCGCACCCUUCAGACCACUUACCUAGGAUAUGCGCCAGCUAUCGAGCGCCUUGGUGGCUUGAAAAAUGUCGUUGUGCUCCCCCAGGCUCAGGAGUGCAAUAAUAUGCCGUGCGACACGGGUUCAUCGAAGGAGGUCCUAGAAAGUAUCCCUGAAUUUGCAGUAUUUGACCUGACGCCUUUAACCCCUGACUGGAAUAGCAAAGAGGGAUUCUGGGCACCGACUGUGGGGGCGUUGACUGAGAGAGCCCAAUGGGUGAGAAAAUUCUUGAGAGACAGGCCGGAGAAGAAUAUCGUGUUCGUGUCGCAUGGUGAUAUUCUACGAAGAAUCACGACAAGACCGGGCCGGGAAAGCAGCGAUUACCCAUGGCAAAACGCCGAGGUGAGGAUCUUCGAGUUCGAUCCCGAAUUUGUGGAUUCGGAUGAGUGCUUCUUAUACCAAAAGGAGAAUGUGGCGGCUGCGGGCGGGUACGGACUAACAAGUACGGAGCUGGAGAUCGAGCAGGGUGAGGGGAGAUUGUAGAUCCCUAGAAUUAGAUUUGGUGCAAUCAUUCAUAUCCGCGGACAGUAGACGGAAAUUUGGACGAUUAGAGCAGCCCGCUGAUAGACAUAGAUAGGCCGGUUGCUGUUAGAUCAUAGAGAGAAUUGGAUAUCUUCUACGGUG